AUGAAUGAUAAUAUCUUCAUAAAAGUUAUCAUAUUUUUUGUCCACCUUUUUCCGGUGAUAUAUUCUCAGAAUGCAUCCACAUACAUAUAUUCUUGUAAUAGACCGGGUGUGGUGGCUUUAACCUAUGAUGAUGGACCGAGCCAAUUCACUCCAAGACUUUUACAGACAUUAAAAUCCAAAGGGGUAAAUGCGACAUUUUUUGUAUUAGGUGUAGCUAUAAUAAAAAAUGGGCCUGACGCUUUGAAAGCAGCUUAUAAAGGGGGACACCAAAUUGCUUUACAUACGAAUACACAUCCACAUUUGGAUUCAUUAUCGAAAGCAGCACAAAUAACAGAGAUGACGAAUGUUCAGCAGGUUGUUUAUGAUUCUAUUGGAGUUAUUCCUUUUUAUAUGCGACCUCCAUAUGGUGAAUGCGGUUCUGAAUGCAAACAAACUAUGCGUUCCCUUAACUACAUAGUCACAUUAUGGAACGAUGAUUCAAAUGAUUGGCGAGUUGGAUCAGAGACCGGAAAUAAACAACCACAAACGACUCUCCACUUUAAAAAUCUCUAUGGCCCAAUUGCAAAAGCAAAUCCAAAGACUGAUAGUUUUAUAAUUCUCCAGCAUGAUACAGACGAAACAACGGUUAAUUUAGCACCAGACAUAAUUGAUGCGAUCAAAGAAAAAGGAUUCACAUUCGAUACCGUUGCUGGUUGCAUUGGUAAUAAUACACCGCCGCCUUACAAAAAAAAUAAUAAUGACUCAAUUGCUAAUUAUGGAAAUAAUGUGACCAACUUGAGCCUUAAUAAUACUACAAACUCUAAUAUAACAAAUUCAUCUAAUAAUGCUACAGAUUCUAAUAUAACAAAUUCGUCUAGUAUUCAUACCUCGUUUGCAACUAGACUAAUAAAUGACUAUAUUUUAGCAAUUGCAGGGAUUUCAAUAACUCUUGGUUUUCUAUAA